GAUAUUGAAAUUCAUUUGAAAUAAACUGCAGAUUGAUAGGAUUGAAGCAAUCAUUGAAAAGCAAUCAUUCAUAAUCGUGUUCCACAUAUCCAUCAUCCUAGCCUUUUCAGCAUAAAUUAUCAUCAUUUGAAGGAUGGCAUUCAUAGUAUUAUCAUUAUUGUUGGUCAUCCAAUCAUCAUCAUCAUUGAUGACCAUUCAAGCCCAUAAAUUGCCAUCAUCAUCAUUAUCAUUAGCUUCAAAAUCUAUUUAUAAACCUGCUGCUGUAUAUAAUGAAUCAUUUGCAUCAACAUAUCAAUUAAAAGAUGGUGAAAUUAUUACUAAAUUACAUUGGAAUAAUUAUUCAGCCAUUGAAACUCGUUAUCUUCAUAUUGAUUUAAUACAGCUAACACGUAAUGAACAUGAAAUUAUUCAAUUCUGGUUAACCGAUGGUCAAUUAAUUGAUUGUGAAUAUACGAAUGAUAGUAAAACUAUUGAAAAAUUUCAUGAACAAUUUAAUAAAAUUAAUCCAAAUAUUCAUAAAGAUUCAAAAUCAUUUCAAAUGAUUGAAAAAUAUAAUAAUUUAACUAAAAUAACAUCAUUACCUGAACAUUUAAAACGAUUAAUCGAUUAUGAACGUUAUGAACAUGAAUGUCAACAAUUACAUCAAAAAAUUCGACAACAUUAUCAAUCAAAAAUUAUUAACAAUAAUGUAAAUGAUGAUAAAAAUUUGUUACGAUCACGAAGACGAACGAGAACAAAACGAGAUUCACUUUUAUUUCCCGGUACAAAAUGGUGUGGUAAAGGUUCGAAUGGUAAAGUUUUUGAAGAUCUUGGUGAUUAUUCAUUUGCUGAUCGAUGUUGUCGUGAUCAUGAUCGAUGUAAAUAUUCAAUUGGUCCAUUCGAAAAUCAAUAUCAUCUAUUCAAUUACAGAUUUCAUUAUGUUUCACAUUGUUCAUGUGAUGAAAGAUUUCGAUCAUGUUUAAAAGUGGCCAAUUCAGGAGCAGCAAAUCUAGUUGGUAAAAUUUAUUUUAAUGUUGUCAAAACCAAAUGUUUUAUGUUCAAAAUGGAUGAUAUGUGUACUGAUCGUACAUGGUGGGGUAAUUGUAUUGAAACAAAAAGAAGAAAACGUGCCGUAUUUCGUGAACCAAUGGAAUAUUGAAAUUUGAGAAUAUAGCUAUAGCUUUAGAUAACUAACCAAUUGAAAA